CGUCAAAAUUCCACCACAACAAUACCAAAACCCUCUUUCAGCACAAUUCUUGAAAACAAGAACUGGAAUUUUGAGAACGCCAACAAACAAUGGCUGCUGCAAGAAUCCUGAGAAUGUCUAGCCCUCUAGGCCUUGGCCUGUCCAAUGAAGUUUUCUCAAGUUCAGCAGUGGUUUCCAGGCCUAGAACACUAAUCAUGUGUCUGAACAAAGCAGGGUUGAGUUCUGAGAAUCCAACUGGUGGGGGAAGCUGCAGUGAGAGGAAGCAAGUGGCGGUGAAGGCAGCCAGCUGUGCUUCGGGAUGCGUUAUUGUAUCAGAGCCAAAGACGGAUAAAGGGGUGGAUUUGGGCAUGCUAUUAGGAUGUCUUGCUGAUUUGAUGUCUAGAUGGAUGAAGAUCGUCACAAAAGAAAGGCCGUUGAGAUUGAAUAUUCAGAUGCUUGUUGAAAAGGCUAUAAUUGACUGCAGAUUCUUUACAUUGCUUGCAACUGCAGGAUCUUUGGUUGGUUCAGCAUUCUGCUUUGUUGAGGGAUGUGUUCUGGUACUGGAGUCAUACUUCCAAUAUUUUCAUGCAAUUUCGGAAAUGUCACAGCAAGGACAUGUGGUACUUCUAUUAAUUGAAGCUAUUGAUAUGUUCCUGGUGGGAACAGCAAUGCUUAUAUUCGGAGUUGCCUUACAUGUGAUGUUUGUGGGACAACAAAACCUGAAGGGAAAGGGAUCACUAGGUUCAACCUUGUCCGCGAACUUCAAUCUAGAGAAACUGCCAUCAUGGAUAGGGAUGGAAUCUGCUAUCCAAGCAAAGUCGAAAAUUGGGCAAGCUGUCAUAAUGAUUCUUCAAGUACAAGUGUUGGAAAAAUUCAAGAGCAUACCGGUGGUUAAUGGUAUGGAUCUUGCAUGUUUUGCUGGAGCUAUAUUCCUCUCAUCCGCCUCGCUGUUUGUUCUCUCUAAAAUAGCUUUUGCCCCUGUUGAGGCCAGACAGUAGACUGUAAUUCCACUAAGACAGUUUCUAGACAGAGAGUUAAGAGUAGCCUAUGCCACAUAGAUAGUCAAGAAGAGCUCCUUAUAGUUUUUGCGGUUAGUGAAAAGGGGAGAAUUUAGGUGAAAGAUAAGAGUUCGAUGAAGGAAUUUUUUGUUCUUUGAUUUGUAUAAUUGUACCUACGUAGUCAUGUUUGACAUCAUCAGUGACAGUAGAAAGAUUAAAAAAGUAAAAGGAGUAUUUCAUUUAUUUAUAAAAAAAAAUGGACCGUACAACGAUCUAUUAUUUC